GUCGCCGGGAGGAGGUCGGCGGCGCUUUCGUUCUUAAAGUGCGAGCGGAAGGGGCCGGGGCGGCGGCUGCAAAAUGAGUGAAUCUCUGGUGGUUUGUGAUGUUGCUGAAGAUCUGGUGGAAAAGUUGAGAAAAUUCCGGUUUCGCAAAGAAACGAACAAUGCUGCCAUUAUAAUGAAGAUUGACAAGGAUAAGCAGCUGGUGGUACUGGAUGAGGAGCAUGAGGGCAUUUCCCCUGAUGAACUAAAAGAUGAGCUGCCUGAGAGACAACCUCGAUUCAUUGUGUAUAGUUACAAGUAUCAGCAUGAUGAUGGAAGAGUUUCUUAUCCAUUGUGCUUUAUCUUCUCCAGUCCAGUCGGAUGCAAGCCCGAACAACAGAUGAUGUACGCUGGGAGCAAGAAUAAGCUGGUACAAACAGCGGAACUCACUAAGGUAUUUGAAAUAAGAAAUACAGAAGACCUAACUGAAGAAUGGCUGCGUGAGAAACUGGGCUACUUCCAUUAAGAGAACCUCUGUAUUAAGUAUUUAUAUACCAUCCUGACAAUACUGGAACCAGACACGAAUACUUAUGCCUAAAAAUGCACUAUAUUUACAGCAGUUUCCUGCAGUAUAUUUCUUGUACAAAGUUUGGGGAAGGAGAGGAAGAUUAGUCUCCGUGAAGUAAAACUUUGCAAAGUGUUUCCUUGUGUAGAACUCUAAAAGGAAGCACUUCUCUGCAGGGAUUCUCUUUGUGCACUCUUGUGACUAAUAUUUCUAUAAUUACUACAGUUCAGUUCAGAAACUAACUAUUUACAAACAUUUGGAAGCUGACACUAACUUUUCAUGAGCUGCAAAUGCAUCCUUUUGACAGAUCCUGUGUACUAGCAGUUUAUAUGUUAAAAUAGCAUACGGCCACUUGUUAAAAUUGAGAAUUUUUUUUGAAUUUCCCAAAUUAGUCUAUGGAAGUGUUAAUAUUAAACUGAAACCAAGUGUUUAUAUGACAAACAUAACUUCACGUGAAAAAAAUUCUUUUUAGGACUUUUCAGUACUGAUUCUCUUUAAUUUUAAUAAGUAUCUCCGUUGAUUGUGAGUCAAUCUAACUAAAUUUCAGGGUAAAGUUCUAUGACCACUAGUCAGUCAUAAACUAGUUUCUGUAAGACUAUUUUAUAACUCUUAAGGGCUUAAUUACAAUAUUGGUUACAUGCAUUCUGGAUUUUUACAUGCAAGACUUAAUAUUACACUAUUUAUAAAUUAACCUCUUCACUCACAUUACCUGUUAUAUGAACACCUGUUAAUACUGUGUGCCUUUAAUUUGUUAGCUUUAAAAGGACUAAGAAUUUUACAUUAUUUACUCCAAAUUUGGUAAAAACUAAUCUUUGUUAAAUGGUCUAAGUAACAUGUUUUCUAAUGCCUAGUGGUGCAAUUAAACAUUUAUAAAAUAAAACACACCUCGACUUAAAAUGCCAGCUAUCUGCUCCCAUCAGUAAAGACCUGGGAGUACAGGGGUUCAAAGCUCUUAAGAUCUUGUGAGUGAUUUAGAAUAGUCUGAUUUUGUUGUUGAGAAACCUUGGCCAUAUAUAGACCUUGUAUCUUUUUUUUAUGAAAGGAGGUCUCCUAGCUUAAUUGCUUGUCAGUCAAAACUACAUUCCAGCUAGGACUUCUGCACAUAAGUAACCUCAUUCAAUCUUUAAGUUUCAUCUCUUUUUGGUAAAAUAGCAAAAAUUCUAAUAUGAAAAUAGUACUUUUUAUAAUAUAGCUAAAAACUAACCUUUUAAAGGGUCUGUUUUAUAUAAAAGUAGAAUAGUAGUUUGAGUUUGGGAUAUCCUGGUUAGCCCAUGCAGUGGCAAACAGGUACUCCUGUGACAGUAUCUCAGUUAUGACUCACAUGAGUGUUUGUCAUGCUACUGAAUAAGUGGCUUCUCAUGAGCAGCUUCCAAUCAUGAACAGCUGUAGCUUAAAGUAUAGUUGCUCUAAUAAUGUGUGUUUUGGUGAGGAGGAGGAGUGAAUUAAUCAGUUGUUAAAUUGGGAGGCUAGUAUUUCAUUCUGUAAAACCUUUGCUGGGAGAAUGCAUGUUUUCUUGCAAACACAUGCUGUGUAAGAGUAUUAAACAUGACUCUGUUUAAGACGACCACAUGGACCCAUGCAGUGCUCUUCAGUAGCAGCAGUUCAUGUUUAGCUUGACUUAUUGAUUUAUUCCUCCUUCAUACACACAUCUCUCAAACAUCAGAGGGCUUUUCAAUGUGUACAGGCUAUGAUGUGAUUGAGAGAGACCAUUAGUUCAGUGUAGGAAAAGUGACUUUUAACUGGAGGAAAUAAGAUCCUAUGUUGAUGUAUUGAACUGGAACAACAUUUCCUCAUUUCCCUGGACAGAACAUGUAUUGAUUGUAAAAAAUGUUCUUUUGUCUUUCUCAUGUGCUACAGAUCAAUAGAAGCAAUUUCUUUAGUUAAAUAAGGCUUUGGUCUUUAAAUUGGUAUUACUAGCAAAAGCAAUUAAAAAAAAAAAAAUCCGACUUGAAGGUCUUGCUUCGCUUGUAUUGCAUGAACUAUAAGGCAUUGUGAUGUCAAAAUCCAGUAGGGCAGAAAGAAACUGCCAGUUGUGCUGUGAGCCUGUGACAUUCUUUAAUAUUCAGCCUAGCUUGUGGUGGGAAAACUGGAUUUGUAAACCACUAACCAGACCAGUGUGCUUUGUAUGCUAUGUUGGACUGGCAAUAGUCACUUUACUACUUGCACAGGGCUUAGCAGGAAGAAUGCUCAUAAAGGGGGGGAGAUGUGCCCCAUCAAGAAAACUGUUCUUAGUGUGUCUUUUUAGAUGAAAAUAUGGGGUUUUGUGUGCUAAACUUAUAAUUGUACUUACAAAUUAAGUGAUUCUGUGAGAGUCACCUGGGGUGUCACCAGUUCUCUGCACAGUCUCCUGCUACCUUGAUUCCCCAUAUCAAGAGCACUUCCUCCUGUUCAGUUCUUCCCAUUCCCUUCUUCAGCACUUCACCAUUCCACCCACCCCAUUCAGAUCUCAGAUGUUCCUGCUGCCCUAUCUUCUAACUUCCCUCCACUGCACCCCAUACCCCAGAGUCUUCCCUUUAUGCUGCUUCUCAAGAACUUCCAUUGCCUAACUCCCAGUCAUAUGGGACUGCUCUGAAGACUGAUGUGAUGGUAGGGCCUACACAGGCAAUGAAUUCCUAAAAGCCUUGGUGGACCAGGCAGCAGUGUUGCUUUGUAAGUUGUGGGAGUAGAGUGCUGUCUUUGUCCCCUUUCUUCUCAGCUCUGCAGCGAAAGGGAGGGAAGUAACUGCAGCUACUGUGGGGGGAGUCCUUGCGGAGAACAGCUGCUGUUUGAGGGCUAAUCUACACUUAAUAUAUGUCAAGAUACUGUACAGUCUCCUGCUGCUCACUGUCCAGUUCUCAAGGUCCCAGGACUGGCUCUGAGAUAUGGUAGUGUGCAGAACUACAGUACUUUUAAAGUAAAGGCAUAACUAACCCCAUUCAGAUCUCUACUGUGGAUGUGAGAUUUGUAAUGCUAUCAUAUCGCUGACUACCCAAUCUUGUUGUUUGAACUGCCUUUCUUUACAGCUACCCAUGAAGAUUAGCAGGAGGCAGAUACAUGGUGUUCAGAAAGCCAGUAUAUUCUAACUUUGCUUAUUGUUAGUUUAAUUUAUGCCUGUCUGAUGUAACCAAACUCCUCUCUUCUCUGCCAGUGUUUCGGAGAUCUCUAAAGAGUACUCAAAACAUGGGGGCAGAGGCGUGCUUUAAAUUAUCAUGAGACUUGUUAAGUUUUGUAGCUAAAGGUCACUCAGCAUUUUCCAUUAGAAACUCCUAUUUUUUUUUUUUCAGGAGUCAAUCACUCAGCCAUAAAAAGGUUUCCUGACCAGAAACUUUACUUAAAGGUCUCCAACAGGUGGCGUUUUUCUGCCACACUUAAUUUGGCUGUUUUAAAUUUCAAAUAGGUGUACUUGGCAGGGAGGAGUGGGAGGGAUCUCUUGUAAUCCCGUGUGUGAGGAAAAAGCCAAACUGACUAAAGCAUGAGAGUUUUUGCAUGUUUUCACUUCAUAAGAUGGACUGGUUAUAUUGCAUAUGUUCGUGAAAAAAUUAAAUGCACUAUUCGGUGGUUUAAAAGUAUUUCUCGUACUAUGUAUGCCUCCCUUGAUAGACCAGAAUGUCAAUAAUGCUGGGACCUACACCUUUCCAAUGUAUUGUGCAAAGGUGCCUUGUACAUUCCCACUGAGCUGAUAUUUUUGUGUCUUAAACUAUAAAAUGACUUUUAGUCCAGAAGUUACAUUAAAUUAAUGCUAAGGGUCAAAGUUAAAUGUGCAAAAGCAAGGGAAUUCCAAUUUUAAAAAAAUCGCUCCGGGAUUUCUCAGUUGUGCUUUGGAAUGUAAGCGUGUCUCAGCAUUCCGCUCGGACUGCAAAAGUGAGUUGUGAUGGGAGUAAAGGCUCCAGUGGAAGCUCUCCACUUCUUCGUUUGCGUUUAUUACGCUGGGUCAGGUGUACAAUGUUACCUUUGGGUGCUGAUGUAUGCCAAGGCAAGCUGCCAGUGCUACGGAUGGUAAAAAGAUCAGGAGCCUUGAAAUAUUGAUGGUCAGUCUUAUUAAUCUAACCAUUCCAUGUAACUGUUAACGUCAAUAACUGGCACAACUUCCAUCUGGUAUUUAGUCUCUGCUAGUUCACACUGCAUGUUUAUUUUUAAACCAAAUCUUUUGCUAAGCAUGGUGCUUGUACUGGUUUAAAUAAAAUGUGAAUACUCAAAUCACUAUUCUGUUUCUUGUUGUAGCUACCUACAGAAUGCUGGGCAAGGUCUAAACACGUGGCCCACGUGCAAACUAGCCACAAUAGGCCUUUAUUCCAUUCUCCUUUAAGCAACGGACACUGU